AUGACAAAAAGUAUAAUUAAUGCACUUAUUGGAAUUUUAGUGAAAGAUAAUAAAUUAAAUAUCAAUGAUUUUGCUCCCGUACCUGAAUGGAAUAAUCCUAAUGAUCCUCGUCAUUCAAUUACAUUAAAAAAUUUAUUACAACAGACAAGUGGUUUAGAUUUUAUCGAAAAUUAUCAAAGAAAAAGUGAUGUGACACAAAUGUUAUAUCAAAGUGGUGAUAUGGCUGCAUUUGCUGCUUCACGUACAUUAAAAUUUAAACCAGGUACUCAUUGGUAUUAUACAAGUGGAAAUACGAAUCUAUUAUCACGAAUUAUUCGUCAUACAAUUGGAGAAAAUGAAUAUCAUUCAUUUCCUUAUCGAAAAUUAUUUUCUAAACUUGGUAUGAAUAGUUUUAUUAUGGAAGUUGAUGCAUCAGGAACUUUUGUUGGUUCAUCUUAUUCAUGGGGUACUGCUCGUGAUUGGGCUCGGUUUGGUUUAUUAUAUUUAAAUAAUGGAUAUUAUAAUAAUGAACAAAUCUUAUCUGAAGAAUGGAUAAAACAAACGAUAACUAAUGCUAAUUCAAAUCAACAUGGCCACUAUGGACUUCAUUUUUGGUUAAAUACAGAAGAAAACAAUAAUUCAUCUACACGAAGAUUUCCAAAUGUACCUGCAGAUAUGUUUUAUGCAGCUGGUUUUGAUGGACAACGUGUAUUUAUUAUUCCAUCGAAGAAAUUAGUGGUCGUUCGUUUAGGUUUAGCAAGAACACCAAAAGAAGAAUUUGGUGCAAAUGAAUUUUUAAAAAAUGUUAUUAACUCAAUUGAUUCAUAA